AUGAAGUCGGCGGUGAGCGCGCGAGGUGGGGUGUCUGGCGGCCGCGGGGGUGGCUGCUGGGGCGGGGGGCGAGGAGGCGGGGGCAAAGGAGGAGGCGGGGGCAAAGGAGCGGGAGGCGAUGGCGGCGGCCAGGGCGGCAAGGGCGGCUUCGGAGCGCGGACUCGCGGCUUCGGAGGCGGCAGGGGCCGGGGGCGCGGUGGCGGAGACUGCAGGGACCGCGGAGGCAGCGGACAGCGGCGUGGCGUGGCCAAGAGCAAGAACCGCCGCAGGAAGGGCGUCACCACGGUAUCCGUGGAACCGCACCGGCACGAGGGUGUCUUCAUCUACCGCGGGGCGGAGGACGCUCUGGUCACACUGAACAUGGUGCCCGGCCAGUCGGUGUACGGCGAGCGGCGGGUCACGGUGACCGAGGGCGGCGUGAAACAGGAGUACCGCACGUGGAACCCCUUCCGCUCCAAGCUGGCCGCGGCCAUACUGGGCGGGGUCGACCAGAUUCACAUCAAGCCCAAGUCCAAAGUGCUCUACCUGGGUGCCGCCUCGGGGACCACCGUCUCCCACGUCUCCGACAUCAUCGGCCCUGAUGGCCUAGUCUACGCGGUCGAGUUCUCCCACCGCGCCGGCCGCGAUCUGGUCAACGUGGCCAAGAAGAGAACCAACAUCAUCCCAGUCCUCGAAGACGCCCGGCACCCCCUCAAGUACCGCAUGCUCAUUGGGAUGGUGGACGUGAUCUUUGCCGAUGUGGCCCAGCCAGACCAGUCCCGCAUCGUGGCUCUGAAUGCCCACACCUUCCUGCGCAACGGGGGCCACUUCCUCAUUUCCAUCAAGGCCAAUUGCAUCGACUCCACCGCCUCUGCCGAGGCGGUGUUUGCUUCUGAGGUGAGGAAGUUGCAGCAGGAGAAUUUGAAGCCUCAAGAGCAGCUGACCCUGGAGCCCUAUGAGAGGGACCACGCUGUGGUCGUCGGGGUCUAUCGGCCCCUUCCUAAGAGCGCCAACAAGUAG